GGAAAACUCCUCGCAAGCCCUAGUGAAAGACAGUAACUGAUCAUCGAAGAAGGUCCUGUAGAUAAGAUUACAUUGAGAUAUUGUACUGUGGUAAUCACAGAACAUGUCAGACAACACAGCAUUGCUGAUGGUUCUCUUCUUUUGCCUCUGUGAAAAAGUUGUGGCUGACCCAGGUACAAAUAACCCGUCCUGCUACAGGAUCGAGCCUGGCACCAUGGCUGGCAUCAUCAUUGCAGACGUGAUCCUGACCAUUGCCAUUGUCAUUGUCACGUACCACUGUGCCAGCCGACGCAGACGUCGAAAAGAGAGGGCUGAUAAAGUCUACAUGAAUGUCAGGGCAAACUGCAAAACAUGAGAAUCCUCAGCAAGCACCAGAAUUCUUGUUAGAUAUAUUUGUAUAUACUGUGCAAUCUUGUUUUACAUCAUAUCUGUCAAUACAUUCUUGUGACUUGAUUUGAAGUGUCUCAAUGAACUGUUUUUUCACUGCCACCUCCUGGUGAAAACUCAAAUCUACACCUUCAGAUGUAAAAAAUCACACUGAAAGUUAGAAUUAUUUCAAGAUUUACUCAAAUAAAAAGGUGAAACACAUGCACAA